UUAGCGUGCUCGCGGAUAAAGAGCGGAGAACGCGCGCUCGUGUAUCUCCUCUUCCACGAUGUGAAUCCUCUUUCCUUCGACGCACAUUUAAGAAAAAGAGAAAAAAAAGAAAGGGAAAGAAAAAACCGAAGAAAGAGAGAGAGAAAAAAAUUUACUCAGGCUCCGCCAGCACGCUCGAAUGAUUCGCCUACUUCGAGGUGCUUGUGCUUCGCGGAGCACUCCAGCGGCGGGCGUCUAUUUUGAGAAAGCGGCGAAACAUCCGAUUAUUUUAGUUACAAUUUUUCUCCUCCGAACGCAGAACGCAGGCGGACGUCUACGACGAACAUCACGACGAUGACCGAGUACGUUGCUUCUCGGCCCAGAUAAGCUGAAAUGCACGGGCGAGUGUGAAUUCUCUAAUCGAAGCUCAUCGAGAAUUUAUCGAAUCCACCGAAAUAUCCGCGUGGAUCGGUGCGAUCGGCCUCAGCUGCGGCUUCGCGAAACUUGUGAAAGUGUGGCGGAUAAGUUUACCUGUUCUGUGCUUGGCGAUAGUGAAAAGAAAGGAAAAGAAAAGAAAGAACGCGCGUCUUCUCUCCGAGAUCAUCGCAAUGUGAUUUCGCACUAUCGUCUUCUAGAAAGAGUUGACUCGAUCGACGCGUUUAUGUUUCUAUUGUGUUUUUUUUUCUUUAAGUGACGUGGCGUAAACGAGGGUCGAAAGCAACGAGUGCGGAAAGAGUGAGAGAGAGAAAGAGAGAGAGAGAGAGAGAGAGAGAUUGCGAUCUCGCGUUGUGUUCCCUUUGCUCUAAAGUGACAUGUGCAAUCCUUCCUUUGGUUGGCUGCAUAAUUAAUUAACACGGCAUCGGCAAAUGUUUGUCGUGUUGUUGCAUUGUUGCUGAGUUCGUCGUUGCUAAGUGGCUUACCGAAAGAGAAAAAAAAAUAAUAAUAACAGCGUGAAAGCUGCUGCCCGCUUCGUGUUUCCAUUUCUCGUUUCUUCGAUUUCGCGCAACUCGGAUCCCAUUCUAAUCGAUUGUCUUCGUUCCUCAUAAUCUCGUCGUCAUGGAUAUACGAAGAAUGUCGAAUUGGAAUGUCCUGAGCGUGGAGGCCGCUCUGCAACAGCUCAACGCUUUCGAAGAUGAUCCGGAGAAGAUAGUAAGGCGUCCUAAUACGACGAUCGAGAAGCUGCCGGACAAGGUGUUGCUAAAUAUCUUCAGUUACCUGUCGCAUCGCGAGAUAUGCCAAGUCGCUCGCAUCUGCAAACGCUGGCGGCAAAUCGCGUACGACACGCGUCUCUGGAAGCACGUGUCGCUGAGACCAGAAAUAAGCGGGCUUCACGUGGGUUCGUUGGAGAGCUUGCUGCACUUAAUCAGCGCACGCUUCGGGCCUUCGCUGAGAUACAUCGAGCUGCCGAUCGAACUGAUCACGCACACGGUCCUUCAUGAAUUAGCCAACAAGUGUCCGAAUCUGACGCACAUGCUGUUGGAUUUCUCGACCGCCAUGCAGCUGCACGAUUUCUCGGAGAUGCAAGCGUUCCCCACGAAGCUGAAGUACAUGUGCAUCUGUCUGUCCGAGGUGAUCUUCAUGGAGGGUUUUAUGAGGAAGAUUUACAAUUUCAUCAACGGCCUCGAGAUUCUUCACCUGAUAGGGACUUACGAGAAGGUCGAGGAAGAGGAGGAGGAGAUUUACGAGGUGAUAAACGUGCACAAGCUCAAGUCGGCGACGCCCAAUUUGAGGGUGAUCAAUCUGUACGGGAUCAAUUUCGUCGACGAUUCGCACAUCGACGCGUUCUCGUCAAAUUGCAUCCAAUUGGAGUGCCUGGCCGUGAAUUUCUGCGCCAAGGUCACCGGCUCGACCAUGAAGACGCUUUUCCAACGAAGCCGGAGACUCAGAUGUCUGCUCAUGCAGGGAACAAGUCUGCAGAGCGAGUAUGUGAUGCAGGUCGAAUGGGAAAAGUCCAGCGUUCAGGAACUGGACGUUACCGCUACCGACUUGUCGACGGAGUGCCUGAUCGAUAUGCUAACCAGGAUCCCCGGGCUUCGUUUUCUCAGCGCCGGUCAGCUCAACGGUUUCAACGACAGCGUGCUGAAGGCCUGGACCGAGGUCGGCAAUCCGCGUAACCUAAUAGCGUUGGACCUGGACAGCUCGGAUAACUUGAGCGACGACGCGUUGUACAAGUUUCUGUCGAGGCAUGGUCAUCAGCUGUACGGUCUCGCGUUGUCAGGCAUGCCGCACAUCACGGACCAACUUUGGCAAAGCGUACUGCCGAUUCUCACCAACGCAAAAAUACUCAUAAUGGGCACUCAAGAAAGGCUGGGUGUCAACAUUCACGUGGACCAGUUAAUGGACGGCAUCGCCAACAACUGUCCCGAUCUGGAACGUUUGGAGCUGCGAUGGGACCCGGAGAACUUGCGUUUCUCCGACAAGAGUCAGAAGGCCAUAGAUAUCUUGCGCGUCAAGUGCAUCAAGCUGCGAUGCUUGGCUUUGAGCGACGGCAGAUACUACGAGAUCGUGAAAGCGAACUUCGAGCGCGCCGAUAGGCUGACGGUCGUCAGGACGAUCACCUGCUGCAGAGCGUCGCACUACUACCUUCUGCAAAAUUACAAGGAUCUGAUUUUCAAUUGAGAGGCGUGCCGGCGCGCCUCUGACAGAUGCCUGAGGAGAGACUACCACCUCACAUGGUUUCCUCCACGACAGUAUUAACGUAAAGGAUCCCCGACGACGUGGCGAGAAAAAAGCAACGCAACACCGAGGUCUCGCAUUGUACAAUAAUAAUAAUAAUAAUAAUAUCUCUAAUUUAAUGUCGCUA